CUCACAAUUUCCCUUCACCAAGCUUAUAUUCCCCAGCUCCCACUCUUCCCACCACCACCACCACCACCGCCUCCGCCUCUCCCCUCUCUCUCUAGAAUUUCUCCAUCUCCAUGGAAUCCAGAUAUGAACACAAUCGAAUUUCUACUGAGAGAUACGCUCUGCGACUAGAGAGAGAGGGGAGAAUUUUGAGAUGUCGCUGGGAAAGAGGGGGUACCCACCGAUGAAGAGGAAUUCGAGCAUGACGGAAUUCACGCUGGAUCUGAUCAACGGCGGCGGCGACGACCGCGUAUUUCCGCAGCUGAGUCCUAAUUUCAGCGGCGCUUUCUCCGCCGUAGCCUCUCACAGGCACAGCUCGUCGGAUUUCGUCGAACCCGCUAAUUUCCUCAGAGAUUGCUCCCUCUGCAAACGCCGCCUCAUCUCCGGCCAGGACAUCUAUAUGUAUAGAGGUGAUAGUGCAUUUUGCAGCACAGAGUGCAGGCAGCAUCAGAUGACAAAAGACGAGUGGAGAGAGAAGAAGUCUUCGAUUUCUAAAAAGGAGGUUGCAACCGCCGCCGUGAAUCACCUCUCCAGCGGCGGCGAAUCAGUGGCUGCUGCCGUGUAAGUUUGGCCGUUGAUGUCUCUCCGUUCAUCUUAUCGAACGGCUGUGAUUUGAUCAUCGCAUGAUAUAAGAAAAAAGGAAGAAGAAAUAGUUCGAUCUUCUAAUAUUAUUAUAUUUACCUUAAUUGCGCUGUUUAGGAAUUGGAUAUCUUAAGCAAAAUGAAUUAUUGUA